AUGAAUAAGGAAGUGUGUAAAAGGUUCAAGAAUAUAUGGGAUACUUUUCCCGAUGAAUUGGGCGAUAGUGGAAAUUAUCAAUUUAAAGAUAAUAAUUUUUCAAAUAAUUAUUGUAAUAAUAAUAAUUUGUCAAGUGAUUUUUGUUAUAAUAAUUUUCAAAGUGAUUUCAAUAGAAUAAAUGCUGGAUGUUUAUAUUUGUUGGAUGAAUUAAUUAAUGAUUGUGGUGUGGUUUCCCCUCCUGAAAAAAAUAUCAUCAAUAUUGUAGAUUACAUUUUGAUAUGGUUAAGUUAUACGUUAAACCUAAAGAAAAGUGAAAAAGACAAUAUAACGUGUUUUUAUAAAGAAUACAUAUAUGAUUGUGAUAAGUAUAAGACAAAAAUAAAUGAAUUUACUGAUUAUGAUGAUUAUAUUGGUCUUAUAGAUACAAAAAUGGGUGUGUUGAAUAUGGAUAGUAAUACUGCAUCUAAAUUUUAUAAAGCAUUUAAAUCGUUAUGUGAAAUAUAUACUGAAUUUGAUGAAAACACGUCAAAUUGCACAAACUAUUCGGAAACAGCUAAAGAAUUUGUUAAACAAUAUGAAGAACUUUACAAAGAUGAUAAUAUCACUAAAGACAGUUCAUAUAGUAAAGUAUUAUGUACUUUAUCAAAUGAUUAUGAUAAUUUUAAAAAGAAAUGUAACGAUAAUUCAUCGCUUCCAACGAUAGAAACAGAAAAAAUUUCUGAAAUAUGUUCUGAACAAACUUCUAAAAAAACUCAUGUAGCAGGAUAUGAAGAAUGGUCUGGAGAAAUUUCUGAAGAUACAUCAUCAAGUUCGUCGAUAGCAAGCAAAUUAAUUCCGGUUUUAUUGAUAUUUGCUGCAAUACCAAUUUUCUUGGGAAUUUCUUAUAAGUAUUCGUUAUUUGGAUUUCGGAAACGAUCUCAAAAACAAUAUUUAAGAGAAAAAAUAAAAAAUAUAAAGAAGAAAAUGAAUCAUUAA